AUGAAAGUAUGGAAUCCGCAUGUGCUGUGCGAUGGUGUUCCAGCCGGUCAUCGAGCAGCAUGGUGCAUUGACCAUUUAGGCUUGUCAUCAGAGGAGGCUCGCAACCGUGUUCUUGAAGAAUUUCCUUUGAAGUUUGGACAUCCCUUUUGGAAUCCGGAUUUGCUAUGUGCUGGCCCGUCCUCCGAAGAUCGAGCAAGAUGGUGUGUACAGACUUGUGGCAUGACCGUCGAGGCAGCACAGAAGCAAGUGAUGGACGAAUUUUGCAAACUCUUUGAGGAUGCAGCCCAAGAAAGUUUGGCCAGAUGGAAAUCAGAAGUUGACUGUGAUGGUGUUCUCUCAAUUGUUUUGGCCCAGCAGCGCUCGGAGAUGGGCAUGUCCGAAGAUGCUGCCAAACUUUGGGUUAUGCAAGAAUUUGCAUCUUUGUUUUCUUGCCAGAGCAAAUGGAGUCCAGAAGUGCUAUGUGAUGGUGUUCCAGCAGGUGAUCGAGUGGCGUGGUGCGUGAAGAACAUGGGCUUGAGCUCCGAGGAAGCCAGGCAGAGGGUCAUGCGGGAGUUUUGCGCAAACUUUGGUGAAAAGGCCGGAAUUACAGCAGUGAAGAUGUGGGAGGAGUUCCCAGAAGCCGAGGGGGGCUCUUUGGUUUGGUCUGACGAAUUCGACUACACAGGUCCUCCGGAUCCAUCGAAGUGGUCGUGUGAACUAGGUGACCAUGGUUGGGGAAAUGGUGAGCUCCAAUCCUAUACAGAUGCGCCAACCAAUGUUUGGGUGUCCGACGGCCUGCUACACAUCCAAGCCAAGAGGGAAACACAUGGGCAGAGGCACUACACCUCUGCACGGUUGACAACCAAGGGAAAGGCAGACUGGCUCUAUGGCCGCAUUGAGGUCCGGUUGCGGCUACCCUCAGGUCGUGGUACUUGGGCAGCUGCCUGGAUGCUGCCAACGCACAACAGGUUUGGGGACUGGCCAAUGUGUGGUGAGAUUGACAUCAUGGAACAUGUUGGCCAUGAUGCGGGCCGCAUCCACGGUACUAUUCACACUGAAAUGUGCAAUCACAAAAAGGGCACUCAGGUUGGACAAAUUCUGCCUGUGGCAAUCGAAGAAUGGCAUACUUAUGGCGUGGCAUGGUCCUAUAACCGGCUCAGUUUUUUCCAUGACGGACAUCGCUACUUGACAGUCACCAAGGAAAAUUGGGCAAGUGAGGAAGCGUGGCCAUUUAAUAAGCCCUUCUUCAUUCUACUGAACUUAGCAGUUGGCGGAGACUGGGGUGGACAAAAGGGUAUCGAUGAUGCAGCCUUCGAAGCUGGUCAGGAUGAAAGAUAUGACCUGAAAGUGCCCUUGGCGGACUCCAGGCCUGCCAUUGUGGUGCCAGAGGUGGAGGACAGUCUUGAACUACACUUCUUCCACCUGGACUUCCGAAAGGCGGACAGCAAUUCUGUAAAGAACGAAAUCUUGCAUGGCCUCAUGGAGAUGGGAUGCCACAAGGGCCUGCUUUCAAACAUGCGGAUCAAACUGCGCGCAGGCUCUCCUGGCUGCAUUGCAGAGAUUCAGGGUGCUGGGCAGCAUCUCAAGUCCAUUGACAUCUAUAGCCUCAAGGUGAUGGGGUGCCAGGCUCAGUCAGCGGCCAGUGCAGCUGCACAGGCAGUCACAGCUGGUGUGAUGCCGAGCAUACCAAUGAGGACGCAUGAGAAAGAGGUCCAUCACAUCAAUCUUGUGUCGAGUGACGACCCCCGCGAGCAAGCCAAGACCACCGUGACUGGGGCGGCAAGCCAGCCGACAUCCCUUUCCAGUUCCCCAUCCGCCAGACAGCCACUCCUCGCAGAAAACCAAGGCCAUGGAGCAAGCCCAGGUGUUGGGAGCAGAACACCUUUUUUGUCAGGAACUCCUACUCGGGAUCCUAGCUCUCCUGGCGGUAGUCGGCCGUUUGGAUUCCGACGGCAUGCGAUGCCACCCACAGAACGGAGAAAGGCUGGCCCACGCCGACUUUGGGCUCGUGAUAGCUGGAAUGUCGAGGAGCUCCGGAUCAGCGACAUCAUGCCCAGAUCCAUGGAAUCUGAAGGUUCUGAGCUGAUCGAUCCCGGGCUUGAAGAAGAAGAACUGCAAGACAUGCUUCUGGAACUAUACAGUGAGGACACUGAUGCAGAUUCUGUGCGGUGGACCUUUCAGUUGGCAAGUCGUGGGAGUCAAAGGUGUACCAGCACCAGCAACCUCCAUUAUGCGUUUCACGCUCAUCACUAUUGCCAUUUUUUGCCGCAGGAGAUCAUGAGAACCUUGGCAACCACCAAUGUUGCUUCCAGCGGCGCAGUGGACUCUGCUUUGCUUCAGCAGCUUUUAGAAGAUUUGAAUGAUGGUUACACAGUUCCAGCUGCAGAGGUGAAGGCUGUUUUGGACGAAGCAGAUGCACUGGCCGCUGCUGGAGGGUCUGGCAGGGCAUCCUUGCUUCGUGCGAUCUCUGCCUGGUACCUCAAUGUGGUCAGGAAUGACUCGCCUUGGUCGACUACGCUCAAGGCAUGCUAUGGUCGGUGGAUUCCAAAGAAGGGCUACCACCUUGAGGUUUUUGGCCGGCUUCGUUCGUCCAUUGUCAAUGCCAAUGAGGCUUUUCACGAAGAACAUAAUCCCGACAGUGCGGGUCAGGCAGUUUGGUUCUUAAUCCAGGCAGCGAUAUUCCUUGUAGCGCUGGUGCUCCCAUUUGGCUUCUUUCUUUGGCUCAUUGUUCUGGGUGCAGAGCAUGGGGACGACCGGUGUCCCAAGGAUUUGGAUGGGCUUAUCACAUGGUUUGGUAGCCUUGGUUUGGCCAGCUUGGUGGUUGGAUGGCUUGAUGAAUCCUUGAUUGCCCAAUCAGAAGAUCAACUGGUGAAAGCUUCAAGCAUUGGGUUGGCGCUGAAAGUAGAUUGA